UUCAUUAAUAAAAAAUUCGCCAUCUUUUUAAUAUUUUUAAAAGCACAAAAAUGAGUAAGUCAUUCAAUGUUGGACAGAAAUCGAAUCCUAAUUAUGGAAAUAAGAAUGAUAACACAAAACAAAUGGGUAAUAGAAGCUUUUACCAAAAUAAAAAUGUACCAAACCAGAUAAAUCCUAUAACACCAGUUAACGAACCAAUGCCCGAGAUGGAUAUACCUAAGCCAUCCGGGAAAUGCCGUUUAUUUGUUGCUAACAUAAUUAACGAUAUAUCAGAAGAAGACUUCAAAAAUAUAUUCAAAGAUUAUGGAGAAGCUACAGAUGUUUUUGUUUCCAACAAGGGAUUUGGCUUUAUUAAAUUAGAAUCAAAAGCAAUGGCUGAAAAAGCCAAAUGUGAUUUGGAUGGAUUAAUAUUAAAUAACAAAAUUUUGAGGGUUAGAAUUUCAACAUCUGGAACAGCCUUAAAAGUUCUAAACUUAUCCCAGCAUGCAACUAACGAAACAUUGCUUGUUGCAUUUUCUAUUUUUGGACCUUUAGAUAGAGCAGUUGUUAUUGCUGAUGAAAGAGGCAAAAGUACUGGUGAAGCAAUUGUUGAAUUUUCUAGGAAAAAUAAUUGCCAAAUGGCUAUGAAAAAAAUAAAUGAAGGCGUAUUUUUGGUUACUGGAUCUAUGAGGCCAGUUGUUGUGGAACCUUAUGAAACACAAGAUAAUGAUGCUGGCGUGAGUGAAAAGAGUGUGAUGAAGACACCGGAAUAUUUAAAAGAAAUGAGUCAAUCACCAAAAUUUGCUCCUCCAGGAACUUUUGAAUAUGAUUAUGGCAAUAAAUGGAAAGCUCUUUACCAACAAGAAAAAAUACAAAGAGAAUUGCUUGAGAAAAAAAUUCAGGAAGAUAGGGAAGUGUUAGAAAAUGACAUGGAAAACACUUUACAUGAACAUCAAACUAUGAUGCUAAGACAAGAUUUGAUGCGAAGACAAGAAGAACUCAGAAGAAUGGAAGAAGGAAUUGCUCAAUUUAAAAAGAAUAAAGAUGGGUCUGGCCAAAAUAGAGACAAUUUCUAUCAAGGAAAUUUCAAUUCUUAUCAACAAAAUUAUUCACAAUCAAAUGUUCCCUUUCCUAACCAAAUGAAUCCUAUGAAUAUGAAUCAAGAUAUGUCCCAAGCACGACCUAUGUUUAAACCUCAUGAACAAUUCCCGAUUCCUGUACAAGAUACCGUUCGACAAAAAGAUACUGAAAAUCACCAAUCAAAUCGUAGUAGUACUGAAAAUCAAGAUCAAUGUAAUAUUGCUUCAAAAUACCUAAUACAUAAGGAGAAAGCCAGACGGAGACAGCAACUUUAUCGAAGCAAGAAAAGACAAGAGCAAAGUCUUAUUGCAUCAAUAUCAAAGUUGUGUAGUACUGAAAAUCAAGAUCAAUGUAAUAUUGCUUCAACAUCCUUAACACAUAAGGAGAAAGCCAGACGGAGACAGCAACUUUGUCGAAGCAGGAAAAAACAAGAGCAAAGUCUUAUUGCAUCGAUAUCAAAGUUGUGUAGUACUGAAAAUCAAGAUCAAUGUAAUAUUGCUUCAACAUCCUUAACAGUCGUACAAACUUGCUAGAACAAAAAUAUACAAUGCUUUGUGACCCAAAAACAUAAUUAGCUAUCGCGAAACUUGACAGACUCCUCCUAAACGCAGAAAAUUUGGAAAGUUGUUAUUGGAUAAAAGAUACUCGAUUCAAACAAUAAAAUCUAUGCAGAUCAUGCUUUUCCUAUUAACAUGGUUGCCGGUUCAAGAAUUAAUUAAUGGAUGGACAGAGAGUGAGCUUGACGUAGAUUUUACUCUCAACAUUUUCCAGGUCUGCAGCUCUAACCGCCAUCGGGUCGUUAACCACACCCAUAACACUUGGUGUUGCUAAUUUCCUACCAAUGAAUUGCAUUGCCAAGUGGUUCAAACUUUGCUUAUGCCUAAGAGAAGUUUAUCUCUCUGGAAAAAUCUGAGAUUGUUUUAUAAAAGAGAAGCAAAAGCUAAAAAGACCGAAAAGUGGGUCAGAGGGUGGCCAUCACACCUCAUGGCCAUUCUAUCAGGAUAUGCUAUUUCUGGUAGAAACCUUAACACCUAGAUCACAGAAAUCCUUAUAGAGGAAUGUACUACUAAAGAUGUAAAUGAUAUAUUUAAUGAAAUAACGAGGUGAUCUCAUUGAUAGUGAGAAUAUAUCAGAUGAUAUAUUUAUUCCAAAGAUUCUGCAGCACUAAAUCUUAGUAAUGAUUCUGAAUCUAUGUCCUGUGUUGGGUCACCUAAUUAUUAUUAUAAAUGUCCUAUGAGAAAGAACAAUGAUAUGGAUGACUAUAGGAAAUUAAUGAAAAUAGAAGCAGAUAAAGCAUUAAUAACCUUGGAAAUGCUUAAAAAUAAAUCAACAGAACAUGCAAUAUGUUUAAUGUUAAAAGAAAAAUUAGAUGAUUGUACUAAAGAGGAAAAAAAAGA